CACUGCUGCUGACCGGAACCCAGCGGGGCAGAGGAAAGAUGGCAGCCGCGGCGGUGGCUGAGUUUCAGAGAGCCCAGUCUCUUCUGGGGACAGACCGGGACGCGUCCAUCGACAUCCUACACUCAAUAGUGAAACGGGACAUCCAGGAGAGUGAUGAGGAAGCAGUGCGUGUUAAAGAGCAGAGCAUCCUGGAGCUGGGGGCCCUGCUGGCCAAGACGGGACAAGCUGCGGAACUGGGGGGCCUUCUCAAGUAUGUACGCCCCUUCCUCAACACCAUCUCCAAGGCCAAGGCAGCCCGGCUGGUCCGCUCCCUGCUUGACCUCUUCCUGGACAUGGAGGCCGCCACAGGUCAGGAGGUGGAGCUCUGCCUGGAGUGCAUAGAGUGGGCCAAGACUGAGAAGAGGACCUUCCUCCGACAGGCGCUGGAGGGUCGGCUCAUUUCGCUGUAUUUCGACACAAAGUGUUACCAGGAAGCACUGACACUCGGCACCCAGCUGCUGCAGGAGCUGAAGAAGAUGGACGACAAGGCCUUGCUGGUGGAGGUUCAGCUGCAGGAGAGUAAGACCUACCACGCACUCAGUAACCUUCCCAAGGCCCGGGCCGCCCUCACCUCUGCCAGGACAACCGCCAACGCCAUCUACUGCCCACCCAAACUACAAGCAGCUCUAGACAUGCAGUCAGGGAUUAUCCACGCAGCAGAGGAGAAAGACUGGAAGACGGCUUACUCCUACUUCUACGAGGCCUUUGAGGGCUACGACUCCAUCGACAGCCCCCGAGCCAUCAUAGCCAUCAAAUACAUGCUGCUCUGCAAAAUCAUGCUCAACUUGCCAGACGACGUCCAAGGCCUCAUCAGCGGCAAGCUCGCCCUCCGGCACUCUGGCAGAGAGACAGACUCUAUGAAGUGUGUGGCACAAGCCAGCAAGAACCGGUCGCUCGCAGACUUUGAAACGGCUCUUACAGAGUACAAACCUGAGCUGAGUGACGACCCCAUCAUCAGCAACCAUCUCACCACGCUGUACGACAACCUGCUGGAGAAGAAUCUCAUCAGGGUCAUUGAACCUUUCUCCAGGGUCCAGAUCGCACACAUUUCCUCCCUCAUCAAACUAUCAGAGGGAGACGUGGAGAGGAAACUAUCACAGAUGAUUCUGGAUGAGAAGUUUCACGGUAUCUUGGACCAAGGCGAGGGCGUCCUGAUCGUCUUCGCCGAGCCAGUUGUGGACAAGACGUACGAGGCCGCUCUGGAGACCAUUCACAACAUGAGCAAAGUGGUGGACUCGCUCUACAACAAAGCCAAGAAGCUCACAUAAGAGAGAGCGAGGUGUCCGGAGUGACAUGGACCAAUCAGAACUCUGGAAUCGCUCACUUCAACCCAGGAGGGGACGGGGGGGGGGCGGGAGGAACGAGGAGAGAACAAACACUCAACAAUCCAGCAAGCAAGCAAGUAAACCAGCUGACCACCUGAAGACCAACCAACCCAUCAACAACGUGUCAGGGGGGGGCACACAGCCCCCAAUCCCCCCCCCCAGUCCUCUGCUCGCCCCCCUCCUCCCUUUCACUUCCUUCCAAUAUGAUUGGGGUUGAUCUGGCACCAAGUGCUCCUCCCUCUGGACAAACCCAGGCACUGCGCCCUCUUCUCCCACCACUGGUUUGUACUGUAUGUAAAACUGGACCACCCCCCCACCCCCAUCUCCCCCCCUCUUUCUCUCUGCACUGGCCAUCAGGGAAUCUUGUAAAAUAACAAUAAAGAAAAACUUAUACCGUACUUAAACUUACAUAUAUUGUGGAAAAAAAAAAGGCCCUGCUUGCUCUGAUUCGUUUGGAAACAUUCACCCUGAGGGAUCCGAUCACACCUGGUCAGCGCUGAGUUCAGAUCCCCGACCACGGGAGGACACGCCCUCUUAUCGAUUAGCUUCUCUCAAUCAUGACUCGUCAAAACAAAUCAUGUCACCGGUUCUGGUUCAGAGUCUCUGCUGUAAGUGAGCGGAGUAAACAAUCUGCUUUCUGCUUCACUUAGAGGAAGUAAAACACGUGUGGAUGGAGAUUGUAUUAGUUUAAAAACAAGAAUCUACCAGUGUGGAUGAGGCCUCUACUUCUCUUUCUAACACACACACACUUUGAUGUCACACAUUGUAAAACAGCAUCAUUAGGUCCUGGAACAGAAGAGAUGUAUGAAUUCAUUCACUCUGAUCAGGGAAGUGAAACCAACUGAACAUCUGUGAUCGAUCUCUCAGGUCCAUGUCGGGGGGGGGGGGG